ACCUUCCUAUUUUCUCAGUCCUGGUCCGCCCUUUGUUUUCAACAUUUUGUUCCCCUGUUUCAGGACUUUUUUGGGCGUUAUCUGCUUCCUGAAAUAGCUUAAUUAUAUAAGCGUUUCGAUUCGAUUUGUGUGCGCUGAGAUGGCGCAGGAGUGCGGAGUCAGAGUGCUGUGUCGGUUCAGACCAAUGAACGAGUCAGAAGUCAAGAGAGGAAGCAAACACAUCCAGUUUAAAGGCAGUGACACGCUGGUGGUCAGUGGUAAGCCUUAUAAGUUUGACCAGGUUUUUCCACCCAACACAACACAGGAGCAAGUUUAUGAAUCCUGUGCUAAAGACACUGUCAGAGAUGUUCUGGAUGGCUACAAUGGCACCAUAUUUACCUACGGCCAAACAUCAUCUGGGAAAACACACACUAUGGAGGGAAAGCUCCAUGACCCUCAGAUGAUGGGGAUAAUUCCUCGUAUCGCUCAUGAUAUUUUCGAUCACAUUUACUCCAUCCAGGAGAACCUCGAGUUCCAUAUUAAGGUUUCCUACUUUGAAAUCUACUUGGAGAAAAUCAGGGAUUUGUUGGACGUGUCAAAGACCAACCUGGGGGUGCACGAGAAUAAAAAUCGUGUUCCAUACGUAAAGGGUUGUACUGAGCGCUUUGUCUCCAGUCCAGAAGAAAUGAUGGAAGUGAUCGAUGAUGGAAAAGCAAACCGACACGUAGCAGUAACCAAUAUGAACGAGCACAGCUCCCGUAGCCACAGCAUCUUCCUCAUCAAUAUCAAACAGGAGCACCUGGAUACGGCACACAAGCUCACAGGGAAACUCUACCUGGUCGACUUGGCUGGCAGCGAGAAGGUCAGUAAAACGGGUGCCGCAGGAACGGUGCUGGAUGAAGCAAGAAUGAUCAACAAGUCUCUAUCAGCUCUGGGCAAUGUGAUCUCUGCACUGGCAGAAGGGACUAAAACCCACGUGCCGUACCGUGACAGUAAGAUGACUCGGAUCCUCCAGGAUUCUCUAGGUGGAAACUGCAGGACCACCAUCAUCAUCUGCUGCUCUCCAUCUGUCUUUAACGAGGCUGAGACGAGGUCCACGCUCCUCUUUGGACAAAGAGCAAAGAGCAUCAGGAACACGGCGCGUGUGAAUUUGGAGCUGACUGCAGAGGAGUGGAAGAAGAAAUACAACAAAGAGAAACACAAUGGAGUUGACAUGAAAGAGCUGAUAGAGAAACUUCAGACCGAGCUCCAUCAGUGCAGGACUGGUGUGUACGUUCCUGUGAUGGAGCAGUUGAGUGAAGAGCUUUGUGAGCACACACCAAUCAUCAGUAACAGAUUGGCGACUGAUGCAUCAGUCGUGGAAAGAGUUCAGUGCGAGAAGAACAUCAACAACUUGUUCCUGCUAAUGGAUGAUAAGGACGAAGAGAUUAACCUACAGACGCAACUGGUGGAGAAACUGAGGCUGCAGAUGGACGUUCAGGAAGAGUUCUUGGCCUCGUCGCAGCGCGACUGCGCUCGUGUUCAGGAGGAGAUUUGUUCUCUGCAGAGAGACAACCAGGAGAUGAGAGGAGAGGUGAGGGACAUGCUGUCUGCUCUGGAGGAGCUCGCCCUGAAGUGCGAUGAGAAGAGUCAUGCGGCGUCUGACUGGACACACACUGACCGCACGCUGAGCGAACAGCUCGGCGUGAAGAACGAGAUGCUAGCGGCCACUCAGGGCGAGCUAGCAGAGCUGCAGGAACUCUACGCUGUUCAGAAGAGGAGGAUGGUGGACGUUCUACGUGUGCUGCUCAGAGAUCUGGGCGACAUGGGAACCUCCAUCUGUGUUGGAGAAAUCAAAAUGGUGUGUGAGGCUGGGGUCUCUAUAGAAGACGAGUUCUCAGUGGUUCGACUUUUCCUCACGAAGCUCAAGUCUGAAUUAAAAAGCCUCCUGAAUCGCACCCAACAGUUAGAGUCCACCCAAGAGUGCGCUUCGAUCAAGAUCCAGGACAGCGAGACCGAGCUCGCAUCCUGUCACGUCCUCAUCUCUCAGUACCAGGUGAAGAUCAGGUCUUUGACCGAGAGCACGCAGAAAGCCGAGGAGACGAGGAGAGCGAUGGAGGAAGAGUUAACCAAACUUCAUACAUACGAAAGCAACCAGGAUUUGUGGGAGUCUGAGAAACAGAAAGAGCUCCUGAAGGUGAAGCAACCGCAGCAGAGCCAAUGUCCUCUGAUUGAGGGUCCUACAGAGACUCAGUCAAAGACGUUGGUUCAACUACGUGAGGAGCUCAACAACAAGCAGAAGAUGCUGAACAAACUGAAGGAGUCAAACGAGAUUUUGGUGCUGGAGCACAAAAGGCUGCAGUUUGAAUAUGAAACCCUGAGGGUGCGAGAGCAGGAGAAGGAUCUCAAACUACAGGAACUAAUCAUGUCUGACGAGGAGACGGAGCACACCAGCGAUGAGAUGAGAGACUUCGAAGAGACACUGGUCCGACAGCUCCAGUCUUUACAUCAUUUGCGGAAGAUGUUUGUGCAGGAUCUGACCACACGUGUGAAAAAGAACACUGAAGCGGACUAUAAGGAUGGAGGGAGCUGCGUGUUACAUAACCAUAAGAUGUCCUUUCUGGAGCACAAUCUAGAACAGCUCACCAAAGUCCAUAAACAGCUGCUACGAGAAAACGCAGCCCUGCGCUGUGAGCUGCCCAAACUGGAGAAGCGUCUGCGUGCGAUGACUGAGCGGGUGAAGGCUCUGGAGUGCAAGCUGAAAGAAACCAAACAGAGAGCAUCACGAGAGCGUAGCCUCUACCGGCAGGAGGUGGACCGGAUCAAAGACGCAAUACGAGCCAAGAACGUGGCCUGCUGCGGACCUGCCGCUCUCAUCGCUAAGCCUAUUCGUGCUGGCCACCAUCACACCUUUUCUGUAACUGCUAGGAGAGGAGGACCAACCAUCUAUAGCUAUCACCAUGCUUAAUCUGUGUGUGUGUGUGUGUGUGUGUGUGUGUGUGUGUGUGUGUGUGUGUGUGUGUGUGUGUGUGUGUGUGUGUGUGUGUGUGUGUGUGUGUGUGUGUGUGUGUGUGUGUGUGUGUGUGUGUGUGUGUGUGAGAGCGAGAGAUCUGCUGAUUGGCCUCAUUAUCGCAUGACCUAUAAGAAGGCAAGACUUCGCUAUCUACCACAUAAUUCAAACAUUGCAUGAUAACAGCACACUUAAAUCUAGUUAUUUUCUCAUAUCCAGCUUUUUUGCACACGUCAGCUGGGACUUUACAAGGGCACAGAAGGGAGGGGCGCCCCAGCUGACAGAAAACCAAGUUAUGCAACUGUUCAAAUGUUCCAGAUUUUUUUCCUCAGAAACCUUUUCCCAGAAAUACAAGAGAAAUCUUUUUUAAAGCACUGAUAAUAUGGACAUGACUUCACUACACUACCAAGGAAAAGCCGCUCACUCUGUUCCUGCUUGUUUUUCUUCUCCAUUAUAACCUUUGUAAUGAAUACAUUCAUCGAUACAAACUCAAGUUCCCACACGUCGAAUCGUGGUUUAGACAUUUAUACGUUUCAUUUUGACGACUAUAACAUUUUUUACAACCUUGUUGUACAUCCCUGUGAACUCUUUGGACUCUUUCUAUAAAACUAAACUAUUCACUAAUAUGCUUUUGUGUACAAUUUUAGUGUUUGUUUUGUUUUCUCUUCUAACAAAUUUGUUCCUUUUUGUACAAAUACAAUACAAAGCUAGAGCUGCUAACUCCAAACCGUGUACUAAUGAAUUUUGAAUUGUUGAUCCAGAAGUGUGUGAAACUUUCCUUACAGAUUUUCUACAGUUUAUAGAUUUGUUUUUAUGUUGUAUUUUUAUGUCGUACCAUUUACCCUUUACCGUAAAUUUAGUACUUAUGCACUUUCAUAUAGGAGUGAGCUUUUAUUUCCUUUUGUGCUGAACAUAUCCUGACAUGGUGCUAUUGUUCCUUAAUCACAUAUUACAUGGUUUUAAACGUAUUAAAGUAAUACUCCACUGUA